AUGUUGGGCCUGUGUAGUUUGACAAUAGAAUCUGUUGUCUUGUUCGUUCUGCGUUAUGAGCUUCUGAUGAGCACCGGAAUGAGUUUCGGAUGCUCAAAGAAAGGUGAUGAAGAGAAGGAGAAGAAGGAGAUGAAGAGGGAUCCGGGAGCGCCUGAAGGUACUCCCGAAGGUCCAGUGGUCCCUGGAUCACCAGCAGAAGGAAUGUCUCCCGUUGCUGGAACACCUGAAGGAGUACCAGCUGUAUCCCCACCUGCUCCUCCACCUCCUCCUCCAGGUCCUCCUCCAGAGAUGAUGGCAACCCCCAAGAAAUCCUUCAAGUCACCAUCGUCGUCGAAGAAGAAGUCUGGUAAAGCAAAGAAAGCGUCGACACCGAAGAAAAAGAAAGGCAAAGCAGGAAAGAAAAGAUGA